UAACUUCACGCAUAAUUUUUGCAGCGGGCUAUUUUACCGAGAUCAUAGCGAUUAAACAGAUGUUGCGUUGUUUAUUUUUUGUUCUGUAUACGAAAUUUUGCAAUCUGCUGUUUAGUAAUCAGUGAGAUGUUUAAUCCUGUUUUCCUCUAACACGGGAGGGUUGCGUGAUUGUGAUUUUUGCGUGAUAUUUUUAUGUAAUAUUGUUAAAAAGUUUUAGAGAAACUGAAAGUAAGGCAGGACAUCCGCGUAUUAUAAAUAUUUGUUGGCAGAACAGACGGGGGAGUUUGAAAAUAAUUUAGAAAAUAACUUUUAAAAUCGGGAGAGGGAAUUCAAAAUCUCUAUUUCCGUGCCAAGGCAAAACAAGCUUUACAACCUUUACUACCGCAUAUGUGCGUCAGGCUUUACUGCUUUAUACUGCAGUGAAUCCGCGACAGAUUCGUCAAUUUUCGACAGAGUCGAUUUUCGGUAAAGUGGAUGAUUUGAAGUUCAGGGACGCUUCUUUUAGCAUCGGGUUAAAUGUCCAGAGAUGGUGUCAUGGCUCAUUUGAGACCCCAAUUAUAGUACGAUUAGUUGCGUAUUCAAUGCAUUUAUCCGAAACCGUUUUUAAACACUUUUAUAAAUUUUACUGAAGUAAUACUUAAAUACGGGUUAAAUACUUAAUUAAAACUUCGACCAGCAUCCUGAACUAGCAGCCUUUUGGUCAUAGAUGGAACUGAAAGGUCAUGCAAAGAAGGUAUCCUUAGCUAUGAUCUCAAGCAACCAGUUGAUUUUGUGACUGCAGAAUGGACAGAUCCUGAUCUGGCUAGGCACUAUAUAAAAAGGACACAAAUAUGGGGGUGUCCUUUGGGCAGAAGCAUAGUUUCCCAGAGGAGGAGACGAUUGUCCCAGUGCUCGAUAAGGCAAAGAGAGCAUCUCGGAAGGAUUACGGCAGCGUUGGAGGAGAGGACUCCUUGGACUGCCCCACUUGUCAGGGGACAGGACGCAUCCCACGAGGCCUGGAGAGAAAGCUGGUAGCAGUCAUUCCAUGCAGUGACCAGAGGCUGAAGCCACCACAGACGAAGCGCUAUGUGUGCAUAUCUGUGCUGCUGUGCCUCAUAGUAUCUGUGUUAGUCCUCUUCUUCCUCUUCCCGCGGACUGUUUCACUUUCCCCUGUGGCCAUCCAAUCUGUCCUGGUGUACUUCUCUCCCGCCACGGUCAAUAUGACCGUCACAAACAUUAUUAACAUCAGCAAUGAGAACUUUGUCAAUGUGGAGGCCCGCAAUCUGGACGUGCAGGUUUUGAUCGUCGACACAAUAGUCGGAAAAUUGAAGAUUAGAAAUGUUACUACAGUGAAACCAUGUUCAGUUAAGCCGUUUGAGUAUGACAUCCUUGUCUCAAUUGAUGACCCUGGACUGAAUGAAUAUUGCAAAAGAACAUCCAUCCGAAUCCACACCUUGUUUUUGCAUCUGCAAAUCAAAAUGACUGUGUACUAUCUCGCUCAUUCUGAGGAGCUGUCAUUGGACACCUAUGAAUAUGUUGACUGUGGAACAAACACAACUGUUCCCCAUAUUAUUCAGGCCUUGUGACCUUGAGGUUGGGAAAACGGCGGCUGUGGGGGAAGGUAGUGACAUUCCCUGUUUCAGGCAGUAACACCAAACUGUACUCCGGACUCAAAGCGCAAAAGAAUUUUUGCCUUGUAAGGGAAUUUUAAAAGCGAAGAUUCUGUUUUUAAACCAGGGCAGGAAACAUCUGACUUUUCAGGUCAAGAUGGCAUGUUGCUUUUGCUUAGGGGCGAAAUUGCUCUGAAGUAACUGAUAUAUACCUGGCAGUGCCUCCAUUGCAGUUAUAUGUAUGUCCAGUGUAUCAGCAAGUUGUAUCCAUAAUAUGCUGGUAGCCUUUCCAAGCCAUUAAUGUAAACAUGAAUUGAUAUAUUAGCACUAGUGUGUUAUUGGACCGGCAAGUUCAUCUGGGUGUGGCUAAUCGUCCUUCGAUCUGCUUUAAGUUCUGCUGUCCUUUGUUAUAUCUGCUAAUAUUCUCAUUCACGGAGCGUAAACCGAAGUGAAAAAUUUUGUUUGAAAAGUUUGAUUUCCUGUUUUUUCAUAUAGGGAAGUGAAAAUGAUGACGCUCAGUGUGUGGUGCUGAUUACUGCUACUUAAAUGUGUUUAGAAGAGACUAAAAGAACCAAGUAUACAGUGUUGUAAAAGUGUGUUUAUCAGGAACUAAUAGAAUUAAGCGCAAUGUUGUUUUAUUUUUGUGCUGAAAUUUGCAGUUUGUUAUGCUCGCCACAAGGUGGAGCCAUCUCCCUUUUUUUCCUCUGUCACUGUUUACCAUUUUGAAUGAUUUUAAAUAUAUUGUGAUUGGAGGUGUUUAAGUUUUCUGAUUUUCCAUGUAUCAUCAUCAUAACCAACCACCUUUAUAUCUUUCAAAUAUGGAAGUUGCUGAAAUUAUUUUUUCCGUCAGUUAUUUUCUUUGUUUCUUAUGUUUCUACAUCAGUAAUGAUCCAGAUGAUGCUAUGAGGGAAAUGUUAUUUUACUUCCUGGCUAAAAGACUAACUUCCUCUGUCACCUGUCAAUAAACUGAAUGUUUUCGAA